GAGCUUUCCAACCGGACCCUGCAGUAUCUCGUGGACGCCGCCCACUGGCAAAGGUAUUGCGACUCUGCCCUGCAGCGUUCACUGAAGCGGGAUGCCAAUUUCAUUUGGUGCUCCAAGUGCGGAGGUGGCGGAUGGGUGGAUCCAACGCAGCCGACAUCGAAGUGCGGCUGGAACUGCCCUUUGUGCGACAACAGCUUCGUUUACUGUCCCCUGUGUCGCAGGGAUCACGGCAGCGUAAGCUGCAAGCGCUUCCACAAGCUCCGAAAGGAGGUCGUUCUGGGAAAGCAGCAGGCGCAGGAUCGAGACUCCGCUGGUGUGGUCCAGCGGAGCUCCAAGAGUUGCCCCUCAUGUAAGAUGCCCAUCCAAAAGGAUGGUGGUUGCAAUUACAUGGACUGCCCCAACUGCCGUCGCCACUUCUGCUGGAGUUGCGGCCAGAUCAUGAAGUCCUCUCACCAGAAGCACAAAUGCGAUGCUGGGUUCGAAGCUUCAGGAGUUGUUGGCAAGACCACCCAGGGCCGUCCCUGCGUUGAGUUGACGAGGCUCUUCAUGAAUGUCAUCGACAUUGAUUCUGUUGAGGUCAUGAACGUCGAUGAUGAUGAUGUCCAGGACUGCAAGGACAUGCUCGUGCCUAGCGCAGAUCAGGAGGCGAAGUCUCCGCUCUUCGUUGGACCGAGCCAGAUGGAUGGCGAGAUCUUGUUGAGGUUGCCUUUCAACUUUACCAGCGCCAUCUCUUGGGAAGUGACCCAUAUCCAUGUGCGGGCCACACACCCGCCAGCACCGAACUGCUGUCGACCCAAAUCGCUGGGGCUGCUGGCAAAUUCGCCGAGCGCCACUUUCAGCGACUUCGAUGACAGCACCGCGGUCACUGUAAAUUUGGAGGAUAUGGGUAAUGGCGUCUUUCGAGCUUCACUGGAGCCAUUUCGCACAAAAGGCACCUUCAAGCGAAUCACGUGCCUUGCCGUCAAGGUGUGUGCGGCAGCUGCCGGGGAGCACGAGGAUCAGCUUCAAG